AUGGCGCGAGCUACCGGACAGAGGAUGUUGAGCAAUCCUGACCUCAUCAUUGCUCCAAAAACGGAAGUGCGUACCACUGUCUUCCCCAGCAGGAUGAAUCCCCUGGAGCUGACCACAAUCACUGCCUCAGCGGAGGAAAUGUACAAGCCCAUUGUUUUCACCCGGGAGAUUUUCUGCAAAUACAGUGGCUAUAUUCCGACUCCGCAGAUGAUGCAAUUCAACCAGGGUGGGGUGCUAUCCUGGCUCUCCAAUGGACUGGCUAGCGCAUUGCCCCAACCCAUUGGAACUGCCCAACUUGCUCAGGCCAGCACCAAUGGCAAAACAGAAGCCAAGCAGCCAGCGCCCCAGGAGACCACAGCUGACACCAGGCAAGGGGGCGGAGUCAUCGGCUGGAUCGUCCAAGAACUGGUGAAGGUCGUGCCGCAGCCGGAGGAGAAGUCCAAAGAAGCGGACAAGUCUAAAGAGCCUGAGCCGCCACGUGCUCCGGAGACGGUCACGGAAGUGGUUCACGAUGCCAGCACUAUUCCAGAUGCAGAGCCGCUCCCGCACAUACCCGUGGUGGAAGUGGUGUCUGAGAAGGAGCCCUCUGAGGUGGACAAUAACAACCAGCCCGUUUCCCCCAGGGUGAUCGACUGGCUAAAGCAAAGCUUUGAGAAGGUCAUCCCCCAGCCGCCAGAGAUCCAGGCUCCUCUGAACACCGAGGAGUCUCUGAAAAAGGAGGCCUCUGCUGCUUCUCCAGCUCCUUCUCCCGCUGCGGCUCCUGCUCCCACCCCUUCACAAGCCCCAGCUCCAGCAGAAACAAUGAAAGAGAGUUUGUUUCGGGACCCCAAUGAGCACGAGGAUGAGGAUGAGGAUGGCCGAACCGAUGCGUCUCCCUCUGUCCUCUGCCCCUCCAGCGGCGUGGUUGGCUGGAUCUUCCAGGAGCUGAACCGCAUGAUACCGCAGCCUGUUGUGAAGCCUAAGGAGAAUACGCCGGAGGGAGUCAGUGUCGCACAAAACACUUGUAUUGCUCAGGAUCCUGGGCAGAUGGUACUGGAGGACGUGGACUCGGACUGGGAGAACGAGAAAGAGGAGUUACCACCUUCCCGGGACCCUCCACGGCCCAUGAGCCCUCCUCUGAGCUUCCUCCCCCAGGUGAUGGCCAUGCAUCAGGAGGACGCUGAGACUCAGACAGACCGCUGGACACCCCUUGUGGAGCGCAUCAAGAAGGAGGCUGAGGAGUCUGUCAUGGCAACACUGGAGGAGAGGCUCAGGCAGGAGAGGCUGGAAUCUGCACGCAUGGCAGAGGAGGUGGCCCGGGCGGCAGCAGAGACGGCCGUGCGGCAGCUAGCGGAGCAACAGGGGACCGGGCGAGAACCGGUGGCCCAGGAUGAGGAGGAGGAGAAAGAGGGGCAGGAGGAGGCUGAUGGUGGAGAGCAAUUGCCCAAUAUCCAGGAGGACGAGAACGAAGAAGAUCCAGAGUUACUGGAGAUCCGUGAGGAGAGUGAGGAGGAGACGGCAGAUAAUAAGACAGAGCCGACAUCUCCAGAAGAAGCCAGAAGGACCCCGUCGCCCGUGGAAGAUAGCCGGCCAUCCCCUGUUCAGGAGCUGCUGAAUGAACCUGAGGCAGAAAGCACCAGGAGCCCAUCUCCUCAGGCCAAGGCACCAGAGCUAGAAGCAGAUGAGACGUCUGCUCCACGGGAUCCGGAAACAAACAUCAUAAAGGGAGCAUCUCCUCCACCUGAGGAAGCAGAACCGUUAAGGGCACCAUCACCUUCAGCUGAAGAACCAGAACCAGUAAGGAGAGCAUCCCCAGAGGUUGUAAAGGAAGAGUCCUCCACUGUGACUGAGCAACCGGGGCCCAGCGAGGACCCAUGUGUCUCUCCAGCCUCUGCACAGGAGGAAGAAAAAAAGGCCGAGGGAUGUGAAGCCCGCUGCCUCUCAGUAAAGAGCUGUCUAAUGCGAGUCCCCUAUGUGCCUGAAUGCCUCGACCGCUUCCGUCAGCUGCUGCGAGAGAACAACAUCUCUGUGCCAAAGCUGCCCCCGAUGCCCGAGCUUCCUCCGCAGGUGGUCCAGUUUAACCAGAGGCUGCAGCCGCAUCUGGCCCAGUUCAACCAGCAUCUGCAGCCCUGCCUGGACCAGUUCAGUCAGAAGCUGCAGCCGCACCUGACACAGCUGAAGCAGCAGUUGCAACCCCCGUUGGCUCAGCUGAAACCACAGCUGCCCCAACAGGUCACCCAGCUGCCCCAGAAGCUCGUGGAGCUGCCCCAGCGGGUCGCACAGCUUCCCCAUCUCACCCAGAGCUCGAGGUUGAGCAUCCACCCUGCCGUCAAUGUGGAGGACGUGGACUCAGAGGGAGAGCUGGGAGGGGGUCCCAGCAACAUACCUCAAAUUCUCGCCCCUCACACACCUAAAUUCAAGACUCUUACUGUCCCCGGCGUGAACGUGGCAACUCGGAGAAAGAAGCUUUAUACUGAAGAAGAAAAUGAUGAAGAAGAGCCAGGGACAGCCAUCAAGGCUUGGCCCAGCCAGACCAGCCUCCUCAGUGUUGAUGAUGGAACGAAAGACCGCCCAGGCUCAGCCCUCAGCCAGACGAGCAUGGUGGUCAACGAUCGGCUCCAGGAGCUGGUCAAGCUCUUCAAGGAGAGGACAGAGCGUGUCAAGGAGAAGCUCAUCGAUCCAGACUCCUCCGACGACGAGAGCCCCUCCACCUCCCCAUCGAAAAAGUCUGCGGCACCUCCCCCGCCACCUGAGGAGAAGAAGGAGGAAGUCCCCGGACCAUCGGACAAGGAGGUGGAGGAGUGCUACCGCGAUGUGCUGUGCUGCAAGGUGAAACUGCCACCGUGGGUGAGGGCGGUGCUAAACUACCGCUUCCCGGACAGCAUCGACCCCUUCACCAACCUGGUUUAUGUUCUCUGGCUCUUCUUCGUCACCAUGGCCUGGAACUGGAAUGUGUGGCUCAUCCCGGUGCGAUGGGCCUUCCCUUACCAGCGUCCUGACAACAUACACCUGUGGCUGAUGGCCGACUACCUGUGCGACACUAUCUACAUCCUGGACAUCCUGGUUUUCCAGCCUCGCCUGCAGUUCGUCCGCGGCGGAGACAUUGUGUGUGACAAAAAAGAAAUGAGAGGAAACUACAUGAAAAGCCUUCGUUUCAAGAUGGAUGUCAUCUCCCUCAUUCCCCUAGAGCUGCUGUACAUAAAGACUGGAGUCAAUUCUCUCCUUCGCUUCCCUCGGCUAUUGAAGUUCAUGGCGUUCUUUGAGUUCAAUGACCGCCUGGAAGCCAUUCUGAGCAAAGCAUACAUCUACAGAGUCAUCCGAACCACCACGUACCUGUUGUACUCUCUGCACUGUAACGCCUGCCUUUUCUACUGGGGCUCCACCUACCAAGGGCUUGGGUCCACCAGCUGGGUGUAUGAUGGUGUCGGAAACAGCUACAUCCGCUGUUACUACUUUGCUGUCAAGACCCUGAUCACCAUCGGGGGCCUUCCUAGCCCCACCACGUUGUUUGAGAUCACCUUCCAGCUGGUCAACUACUUUGUGGGAGUGUUUGCUUUCUCCAUCAUGAUUGGACAGAUGAGGGAUGUGGUGGGUGCAGCCACAGCAGGACAGACCUACUACAGGGCCUGCGUGGACAACACCAUCAAGUACAUGAACUCCUACCGCAUACCUCGUGAUGUGCAGAACCGAGUCAAGACCUGGUACGACUACACUUGGCAGUCUCAGGGCAUGCUGGACGAACAGGGGUUGCUGGUGCAGCUCCCGGACAAAAUGAGGCUUGACAUCGCGGUAGAUGUCAAUUAUGCCAUUGUCAGCAAAGUGGCUUUAUUCCAGGGGUGUGACCGGCAGAUGAUCUUUGAUAUGUUGAAGAGACUCAGGUCUGUGGUUUACCUGCCGGGCGACUACGUUUGCAAAAAGGGAGAGAUCGGGAGAGAGAUGUACAUUAUCAAAGCUGGGGAAGUGCAGGUGGUGGGCGGACCGGACGGGAAGACCGUUUUUGCAACACUGAGGGCGGGGUCUGUGUUUGGAGAAAUCAGUUUGUUGGCAGUUGGAGGGGGGAACCGGCGAACGGCCAACGUGGUGGCUCACGGUUUCGCCAACCUCUUCAUUCUGGACAAGAAGGACCUGGCUGAGAUUCUGGUCCAUUAUCCAGAGUCCCAGAAGCUCCUGCGCAAGAAGGCCAAGAAAAUGUUGACCAAGGACAAAAAGCCAGCAGGCGACAAGACAGAGGCAAAGGAGACACCUCAGGUCAUCCCUCCACGACCUGAGACCCCCAAACUGUUCAAAGCAGCGUUGGAGGUGACGGAGAAGUCUGGCAUUAAAGGCACCUUCUCCAAGCUGAAGGAGAAGUCAGUCAGGUCAAGCUCGACCUUGGAGCCGUCCCCCACAACCUCGUCACCCAUCCCCCCUCCAUCCCCCGUCCACCGCCGCUCCCCAGUUCCACGCAAGGUGGUGGAGGAGGACAAUGACGACGAAAUGGUGUCUGAGACCACCGAUAGCUCUAUGCUGAUCCGCAUGGCUCCACGUCCGCAUGGGGAGGAGAUACUUUCUGUAGAGGUUGUCCCUGGGGAUGAGGAAGAGGAAGAGGAAGAGGGAGGGAAGUCUGUAGAGGAAGAGAAGGAGGAAGCAACACCCAAGGAGUAA